AUGGAAAACCACACCACGGUGGCUGAGUUCAUCCUCGUAGGGUUCGGAGGCCAUCCCGAACUGCAGGUCUUCCUCUCUGUCCUCUUCUUGGUUCUGUACACUGUCACCCUGCUGGGGAAUGUCAGCAUGAUCACCAUCAUCAGCUCUGACUCCAGGCUCCACACCCCCAUGUACUUCUUCCUGAAGAACCUGUCCUUCCUGGACCUCUGCUACUCCUCCGUCAUUGCCCCUAAAGCCCUGCUGUGCUUCUCAACGGGGCACAGAGCCAUCUCCUACAAUAGCUGUGCUACCCAAAUGUUCUUCUUCUCUCUCUUUGGGACCACUGAGGCAUUCUUCCUAGCCGUGAUGGCUUAUGACCGCUUCGUCGCCAUCUGUAACCCGCUGCGCUAUCCAAUCACAAUGUCCAAGAGGGCUUGUGUUUUCCUGGUGGUGGGCUCCUAUCUCUCAGGCUGCCUCAACUGCAGCAUCCAGACAGCCUUUACAUUCACCUUGUCCUUCUGCGGGCUGGGGAAAAUUGACCACUUCUUCUGCGACGUCCCCGCAGUGAUGCAAGCCUCCUGCUCUGACACCUUUGCCAGUGAAAUGGCAAUGCUGGUCGUGUGUGGGUUCAUCAUAGUGAGCACUGGCCUGGUCGUCCUUAUCUCCUAUGGCUACAUCAUUAGCACUGUCAUGCAGAUACCCUCCGCCGAGGGAAGACGCAGAGCCUUCUCCACCUGCACUUCCCACCUGGUGGCUGUGAGCUUGUUCUUUGGGACAGUCUUCUUUAUGUAUGCCCAGCCUGGGGCCAUAACCUCCCCAGGUCAAAGUAAAGUGGUCUCUGUGUUCUACACCAUUGUCAUCCCCAUGCUGAACCCUUUGAUCUACAGCCUGAGGAACAAGGAGGUGAAAGAGGCCCUGAGAAGACAACUAAAAAAGAAAGGCUUUUUCCACUGA